AUGGCUUCGAUUGCGCCUCCGUCUUCCUCCGUCGCUGCCCUCACCCGCCAACCUGCGCAGUUCUUGAAAGGGUGCAGUGUAUCCAAGGAGACAAAGGGACCGGUCUGCAGUUUCUUCGCUGCAAAUUCAAACAGCACCAAGGUGAAAUCAGUGAGCUUGAGAGUAGCAUCAUCCUUCAAAAGUGAUGGUAGUUAUCCAGCUGGCGGUGUCUCUGGGAAUGGCGACACGCUAUUGCUAAAAAGCACAUCCGUCCGUGGCCAGGACCAUCCGGUUGCUGACCCUGUACUCCCAAUGGAUUCCAUGAUUACGCCAGAAAUCCUAUCUACUAAUUUGGCACGUGUUGUGGAGAAGUUCGCAGACGAUGACACAGAUACUGAACAAGAUUUGGAUAGCCCGACAGAGGGCUUCGCAUCGAUUGCAGAUGCCAUUGAGGACAUACGACAAGGAAAACUUGUGAUUGUUGUUGAUGACGAAUCAAGGGAAAAUGAAGGAGAUCUGAUAAUGGCUGCCUCCUUGGUUACCCCAGAGGCUAUGGCUUUUAUAGUAAGGCAUGGGACAGGAAUUGUUUGUGUCAGCAUGAAAGAAGAUGAUCUGGAAAGACUAAACCUUCCUUUGAUGGUUACCACAAAAGAAAACGAGGAGAAGCUAUGCACUGCUUUCACUGUUACAGUGGAUGCAAAAGAGGGCACAACUACUGGGGUAUCUGCCAAGGACAGGGCAAAAACAGUCAUGACUCUUGCAUCUCCUGACUCUAAGCCUGAGGACUUCAACCGCCCUGGUCAUAUUUUCCCUUUGAAAUACAGAGAAGGGGGUGUUCUAAAACGAGCUGGACAUACCGAGGCAUCUGUUGACCUUGCUAUGCUGGCUGGAUUACCUCCUGUUGCUGUCCUUUGUGAGAUUGUGGAUGAUGCAGAUGGUUCCAUGGCUCGCCUACCAAAGUUGCGUGUCUUUGCUGAAAGGGAGAAUUUGAAGAUUAUAUCUAUUGCUGACUUGAUUAGGUAUAGGAGGAAAAGAGACAGGCUAAUUGAACGCGCUUCUGUUGCACGCUUGCCUUUGAAAUGGGGCAAUGUCCGUGCCUAUUGCUACAGAUCUGUUAUUGAUGGCAUUGAGCAUAUUGCCAUGGUGAAAGGUGAUAUUGGUGAUGGCCAAGACAUUUUGGUGAGGGUGCACUCUGAGUGCCUCACAGGCGACAUUUUUGGAUCCGCAAGAUGUGAUUGUGGUGACCAGCUUGCAAUGGCAAUGGAGAUGAUUGAAAAGGCUGGAAGGGGUGUAUUAGUUUAUCUCCGUGGACAUGAAGGAAGGGGUAUUGGUCUGGGCCACAAGCUUCGUGCUUAUAACUUACAGGAUGAUGGGCGUGAUACUGUGGAAGCUAACGAGGAACUUGGUCUUCCUGUGGACUCACGGGAAUAUGGGAUUGGCGCACAGAUAUUACGGGAUCUAGGAGUCCGUUCAAUGAAGCUGAUGACUAAUAACCCUGCAAAAUAUAGUGGUCUGAAGGGUUAUGGUCUGAGCAUUGCGGGCAGGGUGCCCUUGAUUACGCCAAUUACCAGUGAGAACCGCAGGUACCUGGAGACCAAAAGAACAAAGAUGGGACAUGUAUAUGGAUUGGCUAAUGCGCAGGCUAACCAACCAAGCAGCAGCCAGAGCACAGAAGAGAAGCAUUAG